AUGAUUCAGGUCCGUGAUGCCUUUGGCUCAAUGCAAUCGUUCCGAGCUCUUUUUGAUACUGGAAGUCAAAGCAAUUUUAUCACGGAAAAGGCAGUGAAACGUCUAAGCUUACCACUUAGUCCAACUAACGACAACGUCAGCGGUAUCGGAGAUGCUUCAGCGCCGAUUCUUGGUGACAUCACGUGUUUGAUAGGCACAAAGGAUAAAAUCUUAUUUAAAUUGAACUUGCACGUCAUAUCAACAAUAUGCGGCGAUCAACCGAUAGCAAAACUUAAUACAUCUGGGUGGACCCACAUUGAAUCGAAACCCUUAGCAGAUCCUGGUUUUGAUCUCCCGGGACCUAUCGACAUAUUGCUCGGCGCGGAGGUGUUUGCUGACUCGCUUCUAAAUCAACAUAUCAAAGGCAAUGCAAAUCAACCGAUAGCUCUUAACUCUGUUUUCGGUUGGCUUCUUUUGGGCAAAACUCGUCUAGCUUCAAACGCCUUAGUGCACGCAUCGGGUAAAAACGACAUCGACUUGAAUUCGUUAGUUCAACGUUUCUGGGAGUUAGACUGCGUACCCAAGGCGUCUCUUCUGACUCCAGAGGAGGUGUUUUGCGAACAAAAGUUCUUAUCCGACCAUUGCCGCGAUACGUUUGGACGAUACACAGUACGCUUACCAUUCAAAGAUGAUAGCGAACCGAAGUUUGAAGGUUCUCGUGACGUUGCACUUAGACGAUUUCAUGCAAUAGAACGUAGGCUGUCUCGUGACCCUGACUUACAAAAGGAAUACGCGAAUUUUAUGACAGAUUACUUGGACGCCGGUCAUAUGUCUUUGGUUCCCGGGAAUGAACUCAGUCAGGGGAAAUAUUAUAUUCCACAUCAUUGCGUUUUGCGUCCUGACUCUGCUACCACCCGUCUCCGCGUUGUCUUUGACGCGUCGGCCAAGGAUGCCCACUCUCGGUCUUUAAACGACACUCAACUAAUCGGUCCCAAGUUACAACCGAACAUUCUAGAAAUUCUAUUGCGAUUUAGGGUACAUAAUAUUGUUUUUAUGGCUGACGUUCGACAAAUGUACCGUCAAAUUCUUAUUUCCCAAGCCGAUCGUGACUACCAGCGCAUUUUUUGGAGAACCACUCCUACAGAAUGUCUUCAAGAAUACCGUUUGAAUACUGUAACAUAUGGCGUUUCAUCUUCACCCUUUCUUGCGUGUCGUACUCUGCGACAGCUUGCCGAGGACGAGGGCAAUCAGUAUCCCAUAGCAAAGGGAAUCAUUCUGUCUGACGUAUAUAUCGACGACGUGGCCAGUGGUUCCGACACGCUAGAACACGCCCAACAGGCAAAGGACCAACUAAUCGCCUUGUUCAAAUUAGGUGGCUUCCAUCUUAGGAAGUGGGUGUCUAACAAUGCGCAACUUCUGCUUGACCUCCCUAUUCAAGAUCGUCUCACUGGUUCUGUCUCUCUCGAUAACUAUGAAACUCAAAUUUUAAAAAUUCUCGGCCUAAAAUGGGAUCCUCACACAGAUGCAUUUCUUUUCGAAAUCCAACCUCUCGACCGGCCUUGUACCAAACGAUCGAUUCUCAGCGAACUAGGUAGAGUGUUCGACCCUCUAGGAUUUUUGUCUCCCAUUACAAUUCAAAUCAAAACCUAUAUCCAGAAACUUUGGAUCCUUGGUAUCGGAUGGGAUCAAACACCGCCUGAUGAGGUCAUUGACUCGACGGUAGUUCUUUCAUGGUUGCGAGCCCAUUCUUCCCGCUGGGUAACAUUCGUCGCCAACAGACCAGUAGCCUUCAUCAUCUCAGGAUCACCAACGGAGUGGAAGCUCAACGACUAG